GCAAUUGUUUUUAUUGUCACCGAUAAGCUUCACAUAUUUCUGAUAGUAUGCCGAAAAGUGUUGUUGUUGUUGUUCUUUUUCGAAAAAAAUAAAAAUACACCCAAAGUUCAGAUAUUUUAGUUUUAAUCGCAACAUGAACGCCGGUCAAAUUCUCAAUCACAUAGCUGAUAAAUAUCACUAUGUGGGAUAUGUUUUGGAAAAGAAGUGGAACAAUGUAAUCGACAUUAUAGGUGAUGAUCCCCAAAUCGUUUGGGUCUUCGGCACGACAGCAAUAUUUAUGCUGGUAUACUGGCUUAAUGCAAGUUGGUAUACCUUUAUGGAUGUUACGUUGAAGCCGAAAUCUGUACGAAAAUAUAAAAUUCAGCCGCAGAAAAAUGAACCGGUCGAAACGAAGAGACUAAUAGAGGGCAUUCUCAACGUCUUGAUGAAUCAAACUGUCGUUGGCAUUCCAAUGUAUUUCGUCCUCUAUCACACUCUCUUCAAGGUGCGUUGCAACACAACGCCUAUCCGUGAAUUGCCGACAUUGCAAAAAGUUCUUUUCGACAUUGUUGUGGUGUCCAUUUUGGAAGAAUUCUAUUUCUACUACAUUCACCGGUUGAUGCAUCACAAAUCCAUUUAUAAAUAUGUUCACAAGAAACAUCACGAAUGGACUGCGCCCAUUGCUGCCAUUACCUUCUAUUGUCAUCCAUUGGAGCAUAUAUUUUUAAAUUUGAUUCCAGUAUCUCUAUCCUUUGCCUUGGUGCGAUCACAUGUCUUUACCGUCUGGUUGUUCCUGACAUUGGCCAUAUUGAAUUCAAUGGCUGAUCAUUCGGGUUAUUCAUUUCCACGUUCGGGUUCUUCGAUACGUUAUCAUGACUUGCAUCAUUCAAAAUUCAAUUACAACUAUGGCAUGUUUGGUUGGUUGGACAAACUCCAUGGUACCUAUAGGGAAUCUAAAGUGGAAACGGACUCCAAGGUCAAGCCCAAGGAUAAGGCAAUGAAAAAGAACGCGAAAAGUGUUAAUAAAAAAUCGAAAACAAAAUAAACUGAAAUUGAGAUUAUGAAAAAG